AUGUCCGAAUUACCAAGGCCAUCUGAGGUUCCUCAACUGCGCCCCUCUCACACAGAUGGCAAACUCCACGUCUGUGAUCGGCAUUUCAACACUGCUACCCUGGAAGAGAAACAAGAGCGGCCGAUAACCAUGUUUCGUAUUAUGAUUUCUCCUGAUUCUGAGCAAGUUGGCGACAUGGGUCAUAAAAGCGGAACUGCUUCUGAAUCAUCGCUAUCCCUCCGUGAUAUACCAGCUGAACUUCGGCAAGAGAUAUACAAAGCAUACUUUGAGAUUGGCCGACCUGAUGGACCAAAUUACUUUCCGACCUCUGAAGACCCUUUCAUUGCAGCACUCCGACCAUGCGACGUUCUUUACAAAGAGAUUUUGCAUUUCGCAUAUCAACAUUUAUAUGUUGAAGUUGACAUACGUCAACCACCACAACGUUUUUUCUCAUUGCGCCUUGAUGCUGUGAGCUUGCUGACAAACAUUGACUUGCAAUUCAUGUAUGUACCCUCAAUCUCUCAUAACGGUCUAAAUCACUGAUUUAUUCUAGCCGAUUCGAUUCCAAUCGGAGGCUGUACGAAUAUGACGCGUUAGGUGGGAUACUUCCACCUCACGAGGCUACUGAUGCAAUGAUCGAUCCAGCCCUCGAUCUUCUAUCCCAUGCUACUAGGCUUCGGAUCCUCAGCGUAUAUUUCGACUGUUUUUCUUUCGGAACAACCUCGAUUGAAGUCUGGCUCAAACGAAUUUUGGAGCAAAACAACACCCGCGAGCUUCGCGAAUUUCAUUUGCGAAUGGGUACUUGGCUUAGUUAUGCUAUAGAUCCUACCAAAAAGGAAGCUGAGAGUUUGCUCAAUAGCAUGGAUCAUGUUGAAGCUGGGGGACGGUGGGUAGAGGUGCAACGUGAGAUGUGGUGGCCAUGGAAAGAGGACCAAUGGACAGCCGAAUUUCAUUGGGUUCUCGAUAGUACUGCUUACCCUAUCAGUCAUUAUUAUGCCCGUCAUCAUGGCUACGAAAAAGAAAGUGGAAGGCCUACGGUACUAGAGGAUUAG